AUGUCCAAACCAAACACUAUCACAGUCAACCUUCCUCAGCUAGCGAAAAUGAUCGACCACUCCCUUCUCCAUCCAACAAUGACCGAUGCAGACAUCCUCGCCGGUCUCAAAAUUGCCAAGAACUACAACGUCGCGACAGCAUGUGUGAAACCCUACCUAAUUCCACUGGCCAAGCAAGAACUCGAUGGCACAGACGUCAAGAUAUGCCCAGUAAUCGGGUUCCCUCACGGAAACAGCACCACAGAAAUCAAAGUGUUAGAGGCUACGGCGGCAGCCCAAGCUGGCGGGCAAGAAAUCGACAUGGUCGUCAAUAUUGGCAAGGUUCUUGGUGAAGACUGGGAAUACGUGACUCGCGAAAUCGAACAGAUCAACACAGCAGUCGUAAAGCAUGGGGCUAUCCUCAAAGUCAUCUUUGAAAAUGAUUACCUUCAACCUGAACAUAUUGUACGGCUGUGUACCAUCUGCACCAAAGCGAGGGUAGCAUUUGUCAAGACCUCGACUGGUUAUGGAUUUGUCAAGCAGGCUGAUGGAUCUUACAACUACAAGGGUGCCACUAUCCCGCAUCUCAAGCUGAUGCGACAGCAUUCUGGUCCAGAGGUUCAGAUCAAGGCUGCCGGUGGUGUGAGAACUCUUGACGAUUUGCUCCAUGUUAUGAGUCUCGGCGUGACGAGAAUUGGAGCUACUGCUACUAUUGCUAUUAUUGAAGAUGCGAAGAGACGGGGUAUUGGCAUGGAUCCCAUUCAAAUCGAGUUUAAGCCGAUGAAGGAGGAAGGGCAAGUUGGCGGUUACUAA